AGAGAGGAGAGGGAGAGAGACUUUUCAGAGAGAGGAGCCAUGGCCCGUACGUGCAUAGCAUAACUAAGCUACUACAGUAGUAUACUCCACGAGGACGCCACAAGGUGUCAAGGUCAGAAAGAGAGAAACUACUGCUACUACUAGUAGCAGCUAGGGAGACGGAGGAUAAGAGAGAGAAAGUGCUUGCAAGAAGCGGAGAGGAAAAUAAAGAUCUUGCUGCUAGCUAGAAAGAGAGAGGGGGAUCGGAGCUUCCUAUUAGCUUAGGAACGAAGGAAGAAGAGAUGGGCCGCGGGAAGGUGGAGUUGAAGCGGAUCGAGAACAAGAUCAGCCGGCAGGUGACGUUCGCCAAGCGCCGGAACGGGCUGCUCAAGAAGGCGUACGAGCUCUCCGUGCUCUGCGACGCCGAGGUCGCCCUCAUCAUCUUCUCCAGCCGCGGCCGCGUCUUCGAGUUCUCCACCUCCUCAUGCAUGUACAAGACAUUGGAACGAUAUCGCAGCUGCAACUUUGCAUCUGAAGCAUCAUCAGCUCCAAUCGAGGCUGAACUGAGUAAUUACCAGGAGUACUUGAAGUUAAAGACAAGAAUUGAGUUCCUACAAACAACUCAGAGAAAUCUUCUUGGUGAGGACUUGGGUCCACUUAGCAUAAAAGAGCUUGAGCAACUUGAGAAUCAAAUUGAGAUCUCUCUCAAGCAUAUCAGAUCAUCAAAGAAUCAACAGAUGCUCGAUCAACUCUUUGAGCUCAAGCGUAAGGAACAACAACUGCAAGACUCCAACAAGGACCUGAGAAGGAAGAUACAAGAAACUUGUGAGGAGAACGUGCUGCGUCUGACCUGCCAGGACCUUGGGCCUAGUGGAUCGAGCGGCCAUGGUGAUGAUGCUAGCCAAGAACUCCUUCGCACUGCUGUUUGUGAUCCUUCCCUCCAUAUAGGGUAUCAAGCUUACAUCGACCAUCUGGGCAAGGAAUAAGUUGUUUCAUUAGUGCACACUAGCCAAAGUGUCCUCUAUAUAUUGGGCAUAAUACUUUUGACAAAACUUCUAGCUCUGAGCUAGAAUAUAUGUACUAAACUAAGAGCUCGAUGUUUUGGACUCUCUUGAGUUCAAGAAGAAUGAUCUGAUGAUGCAUGCAUUGCAUGCUAAAUAAGUCUAAUAUAUGUCUCA